CAGUUCAGUAUCGAGCGUAGAUUUCGUCGAAACCCGUGCGCCGAAAUCGAGUGCGCCACCGAUUUUCGUCGUGUUUUUCAACCCUCGCAGGUUUCGACCCUCUUUAUACGGCGACAUUAAAUGCGACCACACGUCCAACUCUCGCAAUCGGUUUCGUAAUAUCCGUAUUUGUCUCGCAUAAUUUUGCCUUUUUGAAUAACGCGAGUGUUGUGAAAAUGUGUGUUUUGUGUUCUACCUGACCGAACGGAUUACCUAUUUGGAUAUAAGAAAGGCUCGACGUGCUUACAGUGGAGGUUUUCAUUUAAAGUUACGGACCCUAUAAGGGAUGCACACCCCCGAGGGAACUCUCGAACGGGGGAUGGUGCCCCCAAACUCCGCUCCCGCCGCCAUAAUCAAGCCCGAAAUCGAAACAGGCGAUAUUUUAAUUCCCCAUAUCUUGUCACUCCCUGGACAGGAUGAAUGCGAUAAUAUUAUGGCUGAAAGCCUAAAUAGAUUAGAAGACGAGCUACAUAAACUAGCAGAGUCUUCAAUAGUGAAUAUUCCACCAGUGGUGCAGGACAGUUCUCCAGACACCCCACAACCGAACGCCUAUGACCUAAAACAGGGUUGGAUGAACGGAAUUUUCGGUUGUCUUAGGCCAGUACUCGGUAUUAUUAGCAAAGGGGUGGUCGAUAGUAAAAAUGCACAAGACGACUGGGAAAUCCCGUUUGAAAAAAUCACCGAUUUGCAAUUUAUCAGUUCCGGUGGGCAGGGCGCGGUGUUCUCCGGCUACCUCCACAACACCCUGGUGGCCAUCAAGAAAGUCGCCGAGCUCAAGGACACCGACAUCAUCAACCUGAGAAAACUCAACCAUCCAAAUAUAGUGAAAUUCAAUGGAAUAUGCACCCAAGAGCCCUGUUUUUGCAUCAUCAUGGAGUUCUGCCCUUAUGGGUCUCUCUUCAAUUUGCUCAAGAAACAAAAGAACGCGGUCACGACCAACAGGGUGGUCACGUGGGCCAAACAGAUCGCCAGCGGCAUGCACUACUUGCAUAUGCAUAAAAUCAUUCAUAGAGAUCUUAAGAGUCCUAAUGUCUUAAUUGGAGAUGGUGAAAUUAUCAAAAUCAGCGACUUUGGCACCUCCAGAACGUGGAGUGGAGUGAGCGAGAAAAUGACUUUUGCCGGCACAGUGGCCUGGAUGGCACCAGAGGCUAUCCAGGAACUGGCGUGUAGUGAAAAAGUCGAUAUUUGGUCUUUUGGGGUUGUACUCUGGGAACUGUUAACUUGUGAGGUGCCUUAUGAUGGAAUGGAACAAGGUGCGAUAAUGUACUCAGUGGGUUGCGGCAAACUGAAACCUCCGAUCCCAUCAACCUGUCCGGACGGUUUCAAGUUGAUCCUUCAAAUGUGUUGGAAACACAACCCGAAAGAGCGACCCAGCUUUAAGCUGAUCAGCAACCAUUUGGAAAUCGCCGCGGUGGAAAUCCUCGCCAAGUUCAAAGACGAUCAGUUCUUCAAAACGCAGGAGACUUGGAAGGUCGAGAUCAAGACCCAAAUAACCCAAUUCGUCGAGCAGCUUCAAAAACAUAAGAUCGAGUAUCACUUGAAGGAAGAGCAGCUGAUUAAAAGGAGAGAGAUGGAGAUUAAGCAUAUUUUGGAUAUUAGGGAGCUGUAUGAUCGGAAGUUGGAACAGGUUCAUCAGCUUUGCGCCGAAUUAACCGGCAUGAUGCAAAGAGAAAGAGCCAAAACCGCAGUAGGGCACCAGUUAGAGCGAAAAGGCGAUAGAAGGCGACGAUUUCUUGGCACUUGGAAGAAGAUCGAUAGGCGUAACAGAACGAACAAUCAAAGCACCACCCCAACUAGUCCAGAGUGUAGCUUAACAAGUCCAGAUAGUCCACAAAAUAAGGCACCACUGUAUGCUACUUUAAAUCCAGGAUCAGAGACGGUUACUACUCAAACCUCCUCGGCAACUGGUUCCUAUCGUAAAAGACAUCACAGAACCAACUCAGGUUCCCCUAGGAGUUCCGGAUUUGGGUCCAGAGCUUCGAGUUGUAGAGCUUCGAUCGUUGUAGAUGCUGAAACCCAAACGGAUUGCAUGGAUAUAAGUGAGAAUGAUUUAAGCAGCCCUACAGUAAGCUACAGUAACACCAUAGCAUCUUUUGAUACCGCUCGGCCUACGGUUUACCCCCAAAAAGUUAUUUUACAAGAGUUCACUGCUGGAUCUGACGAUGAAGGGCAUAACGGCAAUAGUGUACAGCUUCAUUACUUCGUUUCACAUGCGAAACCUAGUGUCUCAAUACUAACUAAGCUCGACUCACGAUCUACAAGCCCAAUAAUCUUUGACACAGUUGAAGAUACCGUGAAUCGAAACAUCGAUACGCCAGAAGUGUCUAGCGAAGAGAAUCUCGAAGCUAUCAGUCGUAGAGUCUCAGAGAUGACCAUUUAUAGUGCAGAGAAUGGUAAUAUUGCUGAUAAUUUGGGUGAGAUUAUAAGGAAACGAACGAUGAGUGAAAGCAGAGAUGUCUUGGAUAGAGAUAGUACCGAAGAUGCUGCCAACGAGGAUAGUUUUACAGAUGAAGAAGGAGAGAUUUAUAAUCAGUCGUUGAGAAGGAGAAGUUUGGCUCGUCGUCCAGUCCGACGUCCCCGACGUUCCUACCGAUGCGAGCAACAACGCGAGUUACCCUCGGACGAGGGCAACACCUCCGAGUACUCGAUCUCGCCCUCGAGCAAAUCGUCGACGCUCGAGUCGAACUCCGGCGAGCGUAGCCGAAGUUCGCCGAUCGUGCCGCGAGUACACACGAACGCGAGCACGCGCAACUCGCCGCAGAGUCACGGGCGAGUUGUGGCGAUUAAGCGGCCCAACUCGGAUACUUCCGACUCGGAUUCGGAGGAGAACACGAUGGCUUCGGUGGUCACUCAGAUUGGGUUUAGUAGUGCGGUGGCUAAGAAUGAGGUGUGAGGUGGUGAAUAAUGGUGGUUGCCUUAAGGAGAUUUUUUUUUAGAUGCUGGUUACGAACUGAACACUUACUUUUGGUGAGGGUUUUUUUUAGAGGGAAUUCUUCCAAACAAAGCAAUAUUUUUACCGGAAUUUUCUUUGAUUAUGAGUGAAUUUUCGAAAAAGUGUCAAGUUCGUUAACAGUAUUUGUUCUAGAGAUAUUAGAUGUGGGAAGGGGCUUAAGCAAGAUUAAUAAAAUAUGGAUGGAAAAUUUACAAAUUGUCACAGGACCUUGAUCUGAUGCAUUUUAAUACAGAGUGUCAGUUUGAACACUUUCAAUAUAAAUAUUUUUGAACCUAAAAAGGCGCAAUUUGGUACAAAUGUUAUACAGAUAAAGAGAACUGCAAUUACCAUAUUUUGGUUAUAGAAUGAGUCACUUUUUGGGCCCAAUACAUCUCAAUCCCAAAAUUUUAACCUUUUUUAAAUUUUCACCCCUUUUGUGAUAAUUAAAAUUAAAGGUCUUUUGGAGUAGUAUUUACCUUCACAAGAAUUUCUCUCUUAAAUUUAUUACAGGGUCAAAGAAACGUAUAAGUUAAAAAAAACUCUCUUUUUAUGAAGUUUUAUUUUCUAACUCCAUUUUGGGCUAAACAAAAGUAUAAUCUAUUUUCGCGCUCAUUUAUUACAUUUCGAAGUACUUCUCUUGGAAUAGAUACACAUUCUGUCACCGAAUAUCAUCGAGUAAAGAUGGUUGCGUUUUAAACACAACAGUAAGUGACCCCAGAGAAAAAGGUCGAGGGGUGUUAGAUCUGGUGAUCUCGCCGGCUAUUCCAUUGGACCUCUUCGCCGACUUCACUAAUCUGGAAACGCAUCAUGUAAGAAUUACAAAAAGAACAUAGUGGAGUCUUGCUCCAGGUUGUUAAAAAUGUAAUAAAUCUUCGUUUAGGUUCCUAUUCCUAUGAACAUUCAACUGAUUGUUUAUUUUGCCAACACUUUUAGGUGAAUCUGUAAAAAGCCACAAGACGAUAUAUAAUGUUAAAUAUUUUUUAAAACUAGGUCCAAACAUCUACUUUCUGGUACGACCUAAAUCCUGCAUUGCAACUUAGUAAACAAACUCUUUAAUCGGAUUAAAAAAAUUAUUGCUACUUUUGAUUUUUUUAAGUACAGCCUGACCCUUAAAUUAUAUAUUGAUCAGUAGUAUACAAAAAAAAACAGUUCAGCGUAGAAUACUUGAUUAUCUUUGGCAACGGAUUUAUUAUAAAGUGUGCAUCUAUUCCAAGGGAAGGCUCUUAGAAUGAGUUUGAAAAAUAUUAUUAUUUUUGUUUAGCCCAAAAUGGAAAGCCUUUUGAGCAUCUCAUUAAAUAAAAAAGUAAUUGAAAAAACAGAGUUUACUUUAAUUAACUUAUACCUUUCUUUGACCCUGUAUAAAAUUUAGGAAAAAUUAUUAUGCAGGUGAAUAAUACUCCAAAAGACCUUUAAUUUAAAAUAUCACACUAAGAGUGAUGCCAUUUAAAAUAUUGGAAUGCAUCGGGUACAUCCUAAAACCAAAAUAUAGUGGUUGUAGUUUUCCGUAUCUGUAUAACUUUUGUACCAAAUUACGCUUUUCUAACUUUUUUAUUUUCGGAGAUAUUUACAUUGAAAGUUUUCAAAUUGACACCCUGUAUUUGAAAACUCAUAUUGUGAUUUUUCCAAGCCAGUUUCAUGCUUCAUGUCCCCGCCCUAUGAAUGUGAUUAUAGUUUUAUGAUUUUGACUUGAUUUGUUCUGUUUUAAGUUGUUAAGUUUUAUUGAUUUUUUCAGUUUUUGUAUUUAAGACAGUGCAGUAGACAAUUUGGAACUUAUAGAGUGAUUUUUUAGUAGAAAUACAAUUUAGAGCGGCUUGGGUGAAGCCAGGGUGGACCUAGAUGGGUUGGUUUCUAAUCCAAAUAAAUCCUUCUUUAUCCAGUAUUUUGGGCAAAUUUUGACCAAUUUAGGCAUAUAUUUAACCAUAUUAUAUGUAGUAACACAGUGUGAAAAAUGUAUAAAAUUGACCUUUAAUAUCAGAAGUUUCGAAUACCUACGUUCGGGAGAUAUUCGAGAAAAAAUAAGACGAUUUCGUCAAAAUUCUUGAAAUUAUUUUUAAGUCCACGUUCAAUGAAUAAAUUAUAUAAAAUUCUUCUUAUAUAACUUUUAAACUUUCAACAUUUCCUAAAAUGUAAUAAUUUAAGUCAAUAGUCUCCGGAACAUUAUUACCGAGUUUUAAAUAAAUUCUCAAAUUAAUACGAAAUAACCCAUUGCUAUCUUAUAGUUUUAUAUGAGUUAUAUUAUGAGUUUAUUUUCAUACAUUUCUUAUUACCUUUUUGUUGAGUAGUUUUAAAUUUGCUUCACAAGUUUUUCAAAAUAUUUUUUGUUUUCUACUUGGAGAGUAUUUUACCUUUAAAAUUUCGACACCAAAAAUUAAAUGAUUAAUUAAUUUCUAAAUGCUUUUUUUUGUAAAUUUUAUUCAUAUAAUAGUCAUGACAAACCUAAAUCAUAAUUUUUAGGAAAAUAAAGUUUAAGGAUUGGAUUCUUAAUUGAUUUCUUAGGAAGUCAAAUUUUUCCUUGAUUUCUUCGAGCAAGUUCAAUUCCUAUUCACAUUCUUCCAGGCAGUUUAAUUAUUUUUAUAUUUCGACCUUAAAGACCUAAAAACAAUUCGAAGCUAAAGCUUUGAGAAAUCUUGAAAGAUGACUUGAAAUUAUUGAAACUUUAUACGAAAAUUCCCGGCAAUUGAAUCUUUGAAGUCUUGAAAUCUGACUUCAAAAUCUUGAAAUUUUGAAAGAAAAUUCCAGAGAGUUGAAGCCUUUAGAAGUCUUGAAAUGUAACUACAGAUGCAUGAAAUGUUAUAAGAAAAUUCCAGGCAGUUGAAACCUUAAAAUAAUAAAAUCAAUUUUUUUCUAAAUAUCCUAAAAAUUUCACUACUUGAAAAAUUUUUACUAUAGUGGUUUCAACUGCCUUUAACUUCCUUUAAAAUCUUCAAAUGUAACUUUAUAUGCUUGAAAUUAGGAAAGAAAGGCAAGUAAAUUGAAACCUUAAUAAUAAUAAUAAUAAGAAAAUAACUUUUUUCCAAAAUAUCCUGAGAAUUUCAACUAUAAUUGAAACUUGAAACAACUUGAAAGUUUUAUAAUUACUAUAAUGGUUUUAACUGUCUGACAAUGACUUUAACUGCCUUAAAAAUCUUGAUAUGUGACUUUAAAUGCUUAAAAUGAAGAAAGAAAGUUCACACAGUUGAAACCUUAAUAAUAAUAAAAUAAAAUAUUUUUUUUCCAAAACAUUCUGAAAGUUUCACCUUUUCUAAAGACUUUUACUAUAAUGGUUUUAACUGUCUGAAAAUGAAUUUAACUGCCUUAGAAGUCUUGACAAGUGAUAUUAAAUGCUUAAAAUGAUAUUCCAAGUAACCCCUUAAAAGUCUUAAGAUAUGACUUUAAGAUAUGACUUCAAAUGCUUGAAAUUAAGAAAAGAAGUCCAGGUAGUUGAAACCUUAUUUAAAAUAAUAAAAUAUUUUUUUUCUCAAAAUAUUCUAAAAAUUUGAACUUUUUGAAAGAGUUUAACUAUAAUGGUUUCAAGUGUCUGAAAAUCACUUUGACUACCUUAAACUAGAAAUUUCAACUCCUUGAAAGAGUUUUACUAUAAUAGUCUUGACAUGUGACUUCAAAUGCUUAAGAUUUCACAAUAAAAUUCUAGGGAGUUGAAACCUUAUUAAAAAUAUUAAAAAUAAUAUUUUUCCAAAAUUUCCUGAAAGUUUCAACUACUGUGAAAGACUGCCAUUAUAAUGGUUUCAACUGCCUGACAAUGAAUUUAACUUCAAUAAAAGUUUUAGAAUGUGACUUAAAUAUUUUAAAGCAAAUUCCAGAUAAUUGAAGUAUUUAAAAGUCAUAAAAUGUGACUUUAAAUAUUUUAAAUAAUUAAAGAAAAUUCCAGAUAGUCGAAGCCUUUAGAAGUCUUGAAAAGAUUUAAAUACCUUUAAAUAUUAAAAGGAAAUUUCAGGCAGUAAAAAAAAUCAACUGCCUGGAGGAAAUCCAAGAAGAUUUAAAUUUCUUGAUAGAAAUCAGUGUAGAAUUUAGGUUCUUGAGGUGGUCAAAAGUCAAAAAAGAAGAGAAAAUAAAUAUUUAAAAAUUUCUAUGCAGAUUCUUUAAAUAAUUGUAUUUUUCUAGGCAGUUUAUUAUCUUUUUGAUUUCAUCUUUGGAAAGGUUUAAAUUUGAAGCCUGGAAGAAACCAACGUUCUUCACCUGUCUGGAAGAAAUAUAAGAAAAAUUCAAAUUUUUUAGAAUGAGGUAAAAAAAUUGAAAGAAAAUUCAAUUGCCUCGAAGAAUUUCUAGAAGAAUUCAACUUCCUGGAAGAAAUCAAAGAAUAUUUUUAAUUUUCUGGAAGAAAUCGAUAAAAAAUUUAACUUGCUGAGAGAAUUCAAUUUUUUGAAAGAAAUUAAUGAAGAACUUAACUUCCUGAAAGAAAUUUGUAAAAAAGGAAAUGCUCAUCAAAAGUAGACAGCAUAGAACUUUGAAAAUUUUUUUACAGAUUUUUUAACUAUGUUUCUUAUUCUAGGCAGUUGAAUUCUUCUGUAAUAGAAUUCUUUUUAUUGUAUUUUUUUAUUUUUAUUUUUUUUAUUGAAAAUUGAAGAACCUGCAUAAUAACCCUUAGUUGAUAUAACAAAAAAAUAUAAGACUUGAAAGAAUUCUUAUGAUGGGAUAAACUUUUAAAAAAUACAAAAGUUAAAUUUAAAUAAAUACAGACAAUGAAAGAAGUAUAAAAACUGAUAAGGGAAUACAUAUACAAACUAUUGAAUUUUUUUCUUUUAAUUUUUAUGUAAAUUGUAGAAGUUUUUUUGACACCCUAUAUAUUAAACCCUACACGUAGAGUACCAUUCUAACCAUUUUUAAGCAAUUUAUUACAAAUUUACAUAAAUAAUUAUUUUAUAAAUAUGUCAAGUUAUUUUUUUUAGUUUCUCACUUAGAAAACUAUGGAAAUCUCUACCAAAGAAAUCUACACCGUAAAGUAAAAAUGCCUAAAUUGAUCAAAAUUUUGACG